AAGGCCCUCGUGCCAUCUGUUUGUAAGGAGAGUGGAGAAUAUCAUGCCCAAAGCGCUGGCUUUUCGCCACAAAGCUUGUCCAAUGCUCAAUCCACUGAAUCUUGAAAUCUUCGUAGGUUUUAUACGGUCGAUAGUACAACGUUUUACGAUUUCUUUCCAAGGAAGGUCCCCACACACACGAGUCGAAGAAAGGUCUCCGUUUGCUUACUUACUUGGCCUUGUCAAAACCAGCACGGCUGCCAUAUUAUUCGAUCACAUUUGACUUUUUGCGCAAGAAAUGCAGAAUUCAUCCCAAGUCCAUAUCCCGCAACAACAAGGAAUACAGCAAAACCUGCAAACAUCUAACCUGAAUAGUGGGGGAAACAACCAGACAGGGUCAACUGAUAUAAUCUUUGUGCCAGUUUCCCAACCUGGUCAACCCUCUAGAGAUGCUAUUAAGUCAAACAAUCCUGGUACUAAAUGGUCUGAUGCUGAAAAUAGAUAUCUGAUUGCCAUCUGGAAAACAAGACUGCCAAUUGCCAAGAAGAAAAGCAUCUAUAUAUGGGAAUCCAUAGCAGAAGAAUUGAACCAGAAGAAUUCAGUUGAGGGGAUCAAUGCAUUCCGCACAGCCACACAGUGCAGAAGCAGAAUGCGGCAUCUUGAAGAUGACUACAAGAAAGCCAAAAAUGUCAGCGAUGGAGAAGAAAAAUUCCUCUAUUACAAGGACAUUGAUGAAGGAAUGAAAAAAAAGACAGGGGAAAAAUGCAGGCAUUUUCCAACAGAAGCAAUGUGAUCCAGUCAUUCCAACCAUCCUAUCAUGAUGAUGAUGAUGAUGACAAUGAUGAUGAAGAAGAGGAUGAUGAUGACAGUGAUGAUGACGAUGACUCUGAUGAUGAUGAGGGAUACCAUUUAUCACAUGGGAGGAGACUUCCACAUGAUUAUGCACCCCUCACACCUCAGCAGUGCACAGAGAUGAUGUUACGUGUACAGAACCAAGCUGCCUAUGACAUGUCAAUGGCAGCCAAUAGGAGUCCAUACAUUCAUCCUGCAAUGCACACUGCAAUGGUACAUGACCAAGCCAUAAAGGGGGGAAUGUUACCCCCCAUGAACAGAACAACGGCCCCGCCCAGAACUAGAAGCAGCAAGUGGAGUGAUGCUGAAACCAGAUACCUUCUUUCUAUCUGGAAAAGCAAAUACCCAAUUAGUAAAAAACGCAACUACAAAGUUUGGGAAGCCAUUGCAAAGGAGUUCAAUAAACACAUGGCAAACGAGGGCAUAACUCAGUACAGAACAGGCAUCCAAUGUAGGAAGAGAGUCAAGACUCUAGAAGAUGAAUUUAAGAAGAUCAAGAUCACUGGAAAAGACCCUGAGACUUUUGAGUACUAUGAUGACUUGAGAGAGGUGUUUAACCUACAUAAAGCAGUUUCUGGGAUGCGUUUCAUGGCCAAGGCUGGGUUUGACGACGACACAAGUUCUGACUACCAACCAGUGUAACCUUUUAUAGGUUACACUGGUAAAACAUUUCCCGAAUGUAAUCCUGAAGCUUUUCCCGAAUGUAACCUCCAGUCAGAUGGUGACUUUGCUUGGGAUAGUUUAAUCAAAUCAGAAAUCAACCCACACGGGGCCAGUAGAAGUGCAGCCAAGAAGAGAAAAGCCCCUGAAGGGAAUGACACA